UGGCCUCGAAUAUUUCAGUUGAUAUAUGACAUGGAAGGAGAUAUGUGUCAAGAAUUUUUCUCGUACAUCGGGAAGAAACACUAGCAUUAUAGCGAGUUUCCUAGUUUAUCUUUCAUCGUCGUAAUCGUUGUAACCACAGUAAAGUUAAAUAUGGAUGAUCAAUCUGGAUCAGACACUAUUCCACAGAAAACGUCGCCACUCAUUUUCUAUGUGAAUGGGAAGAGGGUUGUCGAUAACGACUCCGACCCGGAAACAACUCUUCUUCAAUUUCUUCGCACAAACUUACGACUGACGGGGACCAAGCUUGGCUGUGGGGAAGGAGGAUGUGGCGCAUGUACAGUGAUGGUCUCCAAGUACGACUCCCAUAGCAACCAGGUCAGGCAUUUCUCCGUAAAUGCAUGCCUGGCACCGAUUUGUUCACUUCACGGUCUAGCCGUUACGACAGUGGAAGGCAUCGGGAGCAUCAAACAUGGACUCCAUCCAGUACAGGAGAAAAUAGCCAAGUCCCAUGGGUCUCAGUGCGGGUUCUGUACCCCCGGGAUCGUCAUGUCUAUGUAUACACUCCUAAGGAACAUCCCUACUCCGACCAUGAAGAACAUGGAAAGUGCCUUUGAAGGUAAUUUGUGCAGAUGUACCGGAUAUAGGCCAAUACUGGAGGGUUUUAAGGCCUUUACAAAAGGAACCUGUGCUAUGGGUGAAAACUGCUGUCGCAACCAAACCAAGGUGAACACCGAUUCCACCAGACCCAUGGUAAAUGGGCACGGCUCAGUUGUUCAGAUGUAUAGCAACGGGACCUCGACAGACAUAUCUAAUGGUCAUGAUGACAAUCCCCAGGGACCGUCAAACGGAGACAUCCAAACAGACCUUGUACCGAGUGACUCAACGCAGGAUCCAAUCUUUCCUCCUCAACUCAGGACGAGCAAGUAUGACGACCAGACCCUGUACUAUAAAGGUGAACGGUCAGUAUGGUAUCGGCCGACCUCGCUUGACCAGCUACUCGAACUCAAGGACCGCCACCCAACAGCACGACUCGUCGUCGGUAACACGGAAGUCGGCGUUGAGAUAAAACUGAAGAGCAUGCACUACCCAGUAAUGAUUUCUCCAAGUCAUAUACCGGAACUACAGAGUGUGGUCACGGACGCCGAGGGCAUCACAUUAGGAGCCUCCGUCACCCUCAGCCAGCUUGACGAAAACCUUCGUGCUGCUAUUGACACCAUGCCUGAACAAAAGACAGGUAUAUUCCGAGCUAUUGUUGAAAUGUUACGUUGGUUUGCUGGUCACCAAAUAAGGAACGUGGCUGCUAUUGGUGGGAACAUCAUGACCGCCAGUCCAAUCUCGGACCUCAACCCUCUCUUCAUGGCGGCUGGCGUCAAAUUACAAUUCGUAUCAAAAGGUGGUAAAAAACGAACGAUACCCAUGGAUGAACAUUUCUUCGUCGGAUACCGAAAAACUGCAGCUCAUUCGAAUGAAGUUCUGGUGUCAUUGACAAUACCUUACACGCAACAGAAUGAAUACUUCUAUGGCUACAAGCAGGCGUACAGGAGAGAAGAUGAUAUUGCCAUCGUUAACGCUGGAAUCCGUGUACUACUAGAGGGCAGCACUGUCAAAGAAAUGAGUAUGGCGUUUGGUGGAAUGGCGCCCACCACCGUGAUGCCGGUCAAGGCUAUGAAACAGGCAGUUGGCCGGGAGUGGAAUGAUGACCUUGUCAGUGACAUGACCAAACUUUUGGUGGACGAUCUUCCUCUGCCAGCUGGCUCACCAGGUGGUAUGACAGAGUACCGCAGUACACUUACCGUUAGCUUCUUCUUCAAGUUUUAUCUCACUGUCCAGCUCAGCCUCAACAAACAGAACCUGACCAAUGGAAACAAAGUUCCGUCAUCCUAUCGCAGUGCCACAGCUCUGUUCCAAAAACAGUCCAUCAACAGUACACAGGUAUUUGAAGAAGUAGCCCCGGACCAGCCUGUUGACGAUCCACUGGGGCGCCCCCUUAACCACCUAUCUGCCGCCAAACAGGCGACAGGGGAGGCUACUUAUGUUGAUGACAUUCCACCAUACAAAGAUGAGCUGAACCUGGCAUUCGUAUUCAGUACCAAAGCCAAUGCCAAACUUAUAGAAGUAGAUCCCAGUGUUUCCUUGACAAUGCCAGGUGUUGUGGACUUCAUUUCCUAUAAGGAUAUUCCUGGACAUAACAUGUGGGGACCCAUUGAACACGAUGAAGAGUUUAUGGCUUCAGAAAAGGUAGUGUGUAUGGGACAGAUAAUUGGUGCCGUUAUUGCAGACACACAGACACACGCCCAGAGGGCUGCCAAGGCUGUCGAAGUUAAAUAUGAAGAGUUUAAACCCAUCAUCACGAUAAAAGAAGCCAUUGCUGCAAAUUCAUACUAUGGAGAACCAGGGGUGAUUAAGAAAGGAAACCUGGGAGAAGGAUUUAAAAUGAGUGACCAUAUACUUGAGGGGGAGGUACACGUAGGAGGACAGGAACACUUCUAUCUGGAGACAAAUGCGGCUUUGGCUGUACCUAAACACGAAGAUGGAGAAAUCGAGAUGUUUGUUUCUACACAGAACCCUGCUGAGACUCAGAUGAUGGUAGCUCAGGCUCUUGGUGUUGCCGAAAAUAAGAUUGUCAUCCGUGUGAAAAGAAUGGGAGGCGGGUUUGGAGGGAAGGAAACACGAAGUGUCAUUUAUAGUGUACCAGUCGCCUUAGCUGCAGCGAAACUUGGCCGCCCCGUGAAAUGUAUGUUGGACAGAGACGAGGAUAUGAUUUCUUCAGGCGGCAGACAUCCCUUCUAUGGCAAGUAUAAGGUUGGAUUUACAAAAGAUGGAAAGAUUCUCGCACUUGAACUGGAUAUAUACUCCAAUGUCGGGUGCUCCCUCGACCUGUCCAGACCGGUCAUUGAGAGAGCGAUGUUCCAUUCUGAUGGAUGUUAUAACAUACCAAACAUCUGUGUAACGGGACGGUUAUGUCGGACAAACAUACCCUCAAACACUGCCUUCCGUGGCUUUGGUGGACCACAAGGCAAUUUUCUGUCCGAAACCUAUAUGGCUGACAUAGCAACUGCGCUUGAAAUGUCCCCUACCAAGGUCCGGGAAAUAAAUCUGUACAGAGAGGGAGAUUUGACCCACUUUAACCAGGUUCUUGACAAGUGUAACAUACGGCGGUGUUGGGAUGAGUGCUUACAGUGCAGUGAUGUCCAACGCAGAAGCCGAGAGGUCGAAAUCUUCAACAGUGAAAAUCGGUGGAAGAAGAGAGGAAUUUCUGUUAUUCCUGUCAAAUUUGGGAUAUCCUUCACUGCAACAUUCAUGAAUCAGGCGGGAGCGUUAGUGAUGAUUUACCGAGAUGGCUCAGUGUUGAUUGCUCACGGAGGGACGGAGAUGGGCCAGGGACUACACACAAAGAUGAUACAGGUGGCCAGCAGAACAUUGAAGAUUCCAAUGUCCAAGAUUCAUAUCAGUGAAACAACGACCAACACGGUUCCCAACACCUCGCCGACUGCUGCAAGCGCCAGCUCCGAUCUCAAUGGCAUGGCCAUCAAGAAUGCAUGCGAUACCCUUCUGGAACGGAUUCAACCAUACAGGACCCAGAACCCGGAAGGUGAAUGGGAGAAUUGGGUGACUGCUGCUUUCUUUGAUCGAGUGAGCUUGUCAGUUUCUGCGUUUUACAAGACACCUGAUUUGGGAUAUGACUUUGCCACGAACACUGGGCGCCCAUUCAACUAUUUCACAUAUGGCGCGGCAUGUUCAGAAGUGGAAGUGGACUGUCUGACUGGAGACAACAAGGUGCUUCGAACAGACAUCGUGAUGGACGUCGGUCUAAGUCUGAAUCCUGCUAUAGACAUUGGGCAAAUAGAGGGGGCGUUCACACAGGGCUAUGGUCUGAUGAUGAUGGAACAACAGAGAAUGUCUCCAAAUGGCUUCCUGUUUUCUCGCGGUCCGGGUGCCUACAAGAUCCCUGGAUUCGGUGAUGUCCCCGUAGAGUUCAAUGUCUCCCUACUAAAGAGUAGCAUUAACAACCGAGCAGUAUAUUCUUCCAAGGCGAUAGGAGAACCGCCACUCUUCCUGGCAGCAUCGGUUUUCUUCGCCGCUAAAGAGGCCAUAAUGUCUGCUCGAGAGGAUGCUGGAAAGAAUAGGAUGUUCCAGUUGAACAGUCCCGCUACACCUGAACGAAUCAGGAUGGCAUGUGAGGACCAGUUCACGAAACAGUUUCCAUCGCCUAAGGAGGGGUCAUACAAGCCGUGGUUUGUAGAGCUGUAGAAAUUUCAACAGCGGACUUCCCAUACCGACGGAACUUUGGGAGCAGUUUAGACCUAUUUGAAAAACUUCAAUAGUAUUGACGUUAAAUCUUGUUAACCUAACAUAACAAAGGUUUUAAUAAGAUCUAAAAAAAAAAAUGAAAAUAUUGCUAUAUAUUAUUAUCAUUCCAUUUACCAUUGUUUAAUUGGAGCACUACAAUGUUAGGUUUUAAAAUGUGCAAUUUGUAUAAAACAUUAAAAUGAUACUAAGCAGAUGUUUUAACUUAUAAUAUAAACUGUUCGUUUUAUUGGUGCUAUAUUUGCUUUUGAUAUAUUUUAUACAUUAACAGUUGUAUGUAUACCAAACAGAUUUUACAUAUAUAUGUGUAUAAAAAUAAUAUAUAAAUGUUACCUUUAUAUUUUGUAAAUCACAAAAAAAUCUUGAUUUUUUGCAGAAAUUGUUUUUAUUUGUGAUUUUGUGAUAAUAUUGUUAUACAGGUGUAUGCUUAUUAUUAACAUGGUUAAAUAUUAUUGUGAUCUGUUGGUUGUCUUGUAUCAUACCAUGCAGAAGAAAACGAGUAUUUAUAUAUAUUUAUAUAUAUUUAUAUAUACGUUACAUUGCAAAACCCUCUGGAAAAAUAUAUAUACUAAACUUUGCAGGACGAGUUUUUACUCAACACCAUCAGAUGGUGGACUGUUAAAAUGGCCGUUUGUUCGUGGUUCGCUGUCCAUCAGUGAACCAGACAUGUUUAAAAAUACUAUUCGACAAAUUUCGUAUGGAUGUUCCCCCUUUGCCUUGGACAUUCAUCAAUAUGGAAACUUGUAGGGAAGAAAUGGCCGGUAAGGGAAAAUAUUGUAUACAGACAGUUAAAGGUUUCUUCUCUGGACCUUUCUCAAUUCUUCUGUAGAAUCGUUCGUGUCAAAUGUGGAUAAUGAUCAGACGAAAAGUAUAGAUACAUAUUUUGGUAAUACCGCAUGUCGAUAUAACAUAAUUAUGAUUAUUAAGAAGAUAGAAAGAAAAGUACGGAUAAUUUCAAGCUGACUAAAAAUUCUUUAUCAUUAGAUGUUAUAAACUAUUUUAUCACGCUAACAAACCACCUUAUUACAUGGGUAUGAUUUAUACUCAGUAAAUUAUAUAUUGUUUUUUAUUAUUAUGAAAGAGACCUAUUAUGAUUAAAUUUAUGAUAUGCCAGUGUUUGAAGAACAGUUCGUGUGUUGGGUGUAGUUUUGUUUAUAUAUUACAUAUAUAUACUAUAUUGACACAAGUUAACACUAAAAAAAAAUAUCAUACUGGUUUUUUUUUCUGUAAAAUAUUAAAUAACUGUUUUAGUUAAGAAUAUGUGUUUUUAAGCCCCGUUUUCAACAAAACAGGGUAUAUCAAUUUGGGUAAGUCUGUCCGUCUGUCCGUCUGUCGCACUUCGUUUCCAUGCAAUAAUUGCAACAAAUGUUAACGGAUUUUCUUCAAACUUGAUAAUAAGAUUAAAUUCUUUAAGGGCUCGGCUAAGUUUGAUUGGAAUUUGUGACAGACUGUUCAUGACGGAAGUAUGGCCCAUUGAUUAACUAAAAACAUCGUUUUCUGUCGUUUCUGUGAAAUGACUGGAACAACUGUUAACAUAUUUUCUUCAAACUUGGGAACAAGGUUAAAUACCUUACGGAUCGGCCAAGUUAGAUUGCCACAUUAACGGGACGUUGUCUGGCAGAUUUAUGGCCAGAAGAAAAAAAAAGUUUUCUGCUGUUUCCAUGAAAUAAAUCCAACAAAUAUUAUCUGAUUAUCAUCAAACUUAGUUAAUACCUCUCCCAAAUAUUUUAGAAAAGUCUUCAAACUUUGAAAUAGGAUUCAAUACAUUAAGAGUACAGCCAAAUUUGUAAAUGGUAGAUGAGAAGAGAAGUUGACUCUAUCCCGUAAUACAUGUUCGAUAAUAAUUCUAACUUCUUGUUUUACAUUUUCUUCGAGUUUCAAGCAAUACAUUAUAGAUCAACAUAAUUUAUCAUUCUGUCAAGUUACAUGGUAUAAUGACAUGCAUACUCCUAACCUCAAAAAAUGUCUACCAAAUAUGUCAGGAAAGUGGGGGACAUGCAUUCCACGAAUUUGAUUAUUACUUCAAAAUUCCUUGAGGGAAGACCGAAGGUACUUCUGCUAUGAAAGAAAUAUAUAUAUUAGUGUUCUUUUUGAUAGGAUAUAUUAUCCCUUAUAUUAUGUUCACUUCAAUGAUGUGUUCGGUUUUAAUUGCAAAUAAGAAAAUAAUCUGCAUUUACGUUCAAAGCAUGGAUAAUUCAUUUGUUGAUACACAAAAAAGGACAGAAGUCAUAAUUAAGGAGGUCAAGACGUAAAUCGGGUAGUAACUAUCACCAUUUUGUCUUAAUAAUAUAAAAAUUAUCCAUAAGACACAACAGAGAACUUAUAUUACUACCACAGCAUUUAUAAUGACUUAUAGUAUACAGUACGUGAUUGUAACGUUACAUAACCCAUGUCAGUCUUGUUAACAAUAAAAUCAUUUAACAUAAA